UGCGGUGGUCGGGCGGUCAGAUUCGCUUGUUUAUUUUAGGCAACUCAACUCUCAAGUUCUCAACUUUUGCUUUAAAUUAAUAUGAGAUAACCAGGGUUAUAAUUGUAAUAUUGCAUAAAAUUGCAGUAUUGCUUAAUGUAGCACCGAAUUACUAAACAUUUCAGGAAACUCUCUGGAGUCCUGUGCCAGUCUUCAGCUACAGUGGUCCAGUAUGCCCUCUCUUGAACCAUGGAUAGCUAGCACUGAUUUACAAAGCAGAGAAACUGACUGUACUCUGAUGUACUGUAGUAAACAUGGAAAUCAAGUUAGAAGUGCUGUUAUCAUCCAGCAUCAAGAGAAAGAAACCAUGGCCGAAAUUCUGCUGGCUCGGAAAGGAGAAGGAAGGUGUCUUUCUUUUGGAUGACAAUCGCAUUAGUGAAAUCAAUUUAUCAUCAGGACAGACCAAAAAGAAGAUCCCAAAGCUUCAACCGUUGCUUCCAAGAGUUGUCACAAUGUCUGGUUCACAAAAUGGUAUGUGGUUGGCUGGUAUAUUAGUCACUGGAGAGGUGUUUCUUUGGGAUAGGGAUAAAGAUUUGUUAAAGAUGAUCCCGUCUGUGCCUGCAGUGUGUGAGCUGGUCUCUGCUGCAACGUCCCAGCAUCUGUCUCUGCUAGUCUCUGGAAAUGGACGGAGAGUUCUUCUAGCUGCUCUCAAGGGCCAGGUUUUCCUUUGGGAAUGCCUCGAGAUUCAGGAAUGGAACAGCUUCCGGGACAACACAAUCAGGGGCCGUUGGAGUGAGAUAGCAUCAUCAGAAAAUGUUCAGCUUCCUUCCAUGAAAGAUAAGGAAGCAUCGCUGCACUGUGUGUUUGUACAGAGCCAGGCUGUAGGUGAUGUGUGUCUGAGUGCUUUUGUCUUCACAAGUGGAGAGCAGUUAGUGGUCACCUUUCUGAAGAUUCAGUGGGAAAACAGUUUGGAAGGAUUCAGUGUUCAGUGGGUCACCAAAUCCUACCUCCUAAGCCACCUUGAGCCUCCAUGUCGGCCUGUAAAGUCAAGUGGAGCUCUUGUUCCGGCAUUCUCAUCUGAUGGGCUACUCUUAGCAAUAAUCCUUAAUCAGAAAGACCCUAUGGCUACUCAGGUAUUAUGGGUAAGCGUGCAGAACUUUGUAACUGUAUCCAGCCCUCUGGGAGGAUGUGGCAGCAAAAAGCUUUCAAUUCCACACAAAUACAUAAGGUCAUAUUGGGUAGGCAGUGGGAGCUGGACUUCUGAAGGGCUCUAUCUGGCAUGUGUGCUGAAGAGAGGCUCCCUGCUAAUGCUGGCCCGUCUAGGUGGACUGGUCUCUCUUUCCACCACUGGGUGCGAUAUUGAGAUAGGCCCUGCACAAUUCCUGCCUCUUCACCCACUGGUCACUUACAGACCUCCAGUGCCUUCACAGCCACCUGAUGAUGCCCUGUCCAGCUCCAGCAUGUCUCUUUGUGACCCAAUGAGACAGCGAUACUCAGUGACCUGGCACCCACGGCUACCCUGUCUCAUUGUGUCAGAUGGCUAUAUGGUGACGAUGCUAAAGAUGCCGAACCAGCCCUCCUCUUCUUUACUGAUGAGCUGCCUUCUGCUGGAAACCACUCGGAGGCUAGAGAGAGUGCACAAGCUUCUCGUCUCCGAGCAGCCCCAGGUGAGAGCCAGACUGGAGUCCAUGUCCACUUUGAAGUUCACAGACAGUCUGUUGGCAUUGAAAGAAAAGGAAAUGCCUGAAGUGACUCUACCUCUUUUUUUGAGAGAUGGAGGAAGCACAGGAGUCAGCAGAGUGACAAUGGAGAAAGCACAGGCGGGUGAUGAUGGCUCAGACUCAGACGGGAGUCCGUAUGCAGUCUCUAUUAUGGAGGACGGGGGUAGACUAGAAUUUGCCUCCAUGUUUGACACCCUUCAUGCCCAGUCCCAGGCUGACCCAGAAGAUCAGGAGCAAGCUUCUUCAGCUGUAUUGGAAGAACUGACCAGGGUCCAGAGAAGCUUGCUAACAGCCUGGGCUCUUGGUGUUUCCCUCGGGGGUUCCAUGGAUCAGAGAAAGCAUUUGCUGAAAUAUACCGUCUCAUGCGCGGUCCGUCUGGCUCGCUUUCUCUGGGUUUCGGAGCUGUUGGUAAAGCCUUGCCAGCAACAGGAAAGACUCCAGACAUCUCAUGUGUUUAAAUUCCUUAGGUCUCUGCUGUCCUUUCUGGCAUGGGAUUCUUUCCAUCAGGGUAGUUCAAACUGCUUUGGGAUUGUCCUGGACCUUACCCAACAGUUCAUCCAGCAUUUUCUCUUUUUGUCUUCGGAUGCUGUCUGUUCCUCUCAGAACUUCACCGCAGCUCUUCUGGUCCUUCAGGAGGCAUCAAAGAGUUUGGAUCAGACAUACAGUUUAUCUCAGAAAACAGAUAAUCAGGGACAGGAUGAUGGUUUCGCCUGUUCCUCGGAUAUGUUCUUCAUUACACUGUUACAGGAAAAUGAGAAUGCUGCAGCUGUCAGCUCACGGCUGAGAAACAGACCCUCAAAUAGAUUGGUGGCUGUCUGGAGGUAUCUGUACACACAGGCUUUGCAGUACCAGGCAAGGUUAUGCAGUCACAGAGGUCUGGCAGGCCGCAACAAGGAACUGGAGAACAUGUGGAAUGUCAUUUCUCAAAUCCAGAGAUCACUACAGAGUGCUGGAGACCAUUUGGAGAAAAGUCCUGCUUUGAAGAGCAUAACAGGGGAGCAGCACUUCCUUUUAGGUGAAUACAGUGAGUGCAUCCAAGCUUGGAGAGUCCAGUUGUUGGAAGGAAGAGAGAGAUCUGGGUCGCGGGCAUGCUUCCUAGAGACACGCUACUGUCUGGCUCUUCUGUUUGGUGAGUUGUAUCAGUAUCGGCUGAGGGAAGCACAGGCUAUGUGUGAUGCCAUGGCUCAGCAGCUGCAGUCAAAAAGCAGCCAGGCACCAGAAGAAAACACAAACACAAGAGACGAGUCUCAGUUAGACAUCUGGCUACCUCGGCAGGUGAACAAUGAGGCUGCUUAUGCUGUGGUACAGUCUCUUGGCAGGUUCAUGGCUUCCUAUUUUACCAACCAGCCUCUCACCAUCUUUCCACCACACAAUGUGGAUGUUCUACCACCUUUGCAUUUACCGCAGUUGGCAGGUCGGCGCAUGGUGGCUCUUUCUCAGAGUCAGGUGGCUGCCACUGUACGAUCACAGCACCUCUCAGGGGUAUGGACAGUGGAUUAUGCUUUGGAGCUGCUCCUGCUGGGUGGGCUGAUGCCUGAGGCCACUUGGUUGGCUCAAAGUUUGGGUGACUGGAAGAUGGCUGCAUCACUUGGCCUGGCGUACACCACCUACUGCAGAUUGCAGUACGAUUUCUGCAGGCUGAAUUACAAAGAGCUGUACCUUCCUGUGGAGCUGCAACCCAGCUCCAUCUUUCAGAGUCAGCUGGAAUUAUUGUUGGGAAGCACAGUGGCAUCUGAAAGACAUGACCGGGCUUUCAGAAACCUGCCAGACAUUGUGGAAGUCGAGGACAUGGAGCUGCUGCAGGUUUCGGUGCAGGAGAUCCUCAGGGCUUCAGUCAUGGCCGAGGUGGAUGUUAUGUCACGGCCACUCACACAGCUGCUGGAAUCAGCUAAGGAACAAGCCUCCGCAAUGUCAACUCUGGUGCCUCCUGCUUUAUACCUCCCAGCACCUCCUUUGUACUGCCCACAACCUGCUCCCAACACACAGGACUCUGUUGGAGACAUGGUGUUGGCUCUGGAGAGGGAGGCACGCAGCCACGUAGCUGCAGCAUUUCAGCGACUGCUACUGCUCUUCAGAGCUGCCCGCUGCUCCCGUCCUGCUGCCCAGUGGUACAUAAAUGGUCUGAGUCGCUGUCGACGACUUUUUAGCAAGGUCAGGAAAAGGAGAGCAGAGCUUAAAAAUGACAUUCCAGAAGGGUUAAAAAAGUUUGCUAAUCGUCGUGGCUUUUUCCUCCUGAGGUCCACUGAGGACAGGGAUGUAUCCGCUGUUGCUAAAGAAACAAUGGUACACUUCAGAGAGUUGUGUGGCCUAUGCUGGAUGCUGCAUGCUCGUGACCAGCUUGCUCUUUCUUGUAGAAGGUAUCAGGCUGCAAGAAACAAGUCCAAAGACUCUAAGGCUGCCGAUAACAGUUUACUCGAUUUGUCUGUGGAGGUUCUGCACUGGGCUUGUCGACUACAGCCUUUCUCUCGCUUCCUUAAUGCUGAGGAGACUCUGCAGGACUUGGUUCUCAGUCUUGUGGCUGAACUUCCUUCUAUUCCUAUAGUAGCGGAGGCACUAGUCACCAUAUUUCCAGAUGAGGUGGAUUCAGUCCGGGUGCCUCUCAGAGAGAAGUACACUACACUGCUGCAGAGAUUAAGUUCCUGCACUGUACAGGCUUCAAAUUCAAUACAAGCCACUCAGUCAAGUGGUCCUGGAGAGGAAGAUGAGCCAAAGUCAAUGAUGCUGCUGAUCCAGGAAUGGCGGAGACAGCAGGAUCGAGAGCAGAGGCGUCUAGCGAGGAGGCUGGUACCAGUGGAGUUGCACCUCUGGGAGAGGGAAGAAGAGGAAGACAGGGGAGCACCCGAUACCGUGCUAAACCGCCUUUCUUUGGGCACGAGCUUGAGUAACAGCACACUAACAGUCUCUGAAUGCCCUCCACCGGACAGUGAGAGUGGCGCUGCUGAUACAAUUUCAGAGCCACAAUCACCAGCCCUGCACACGCAGCCUCUGUACAGCCUCAAACCUCAGAACGCAAAUACUGAAUCCAAAAAUGAGAUUAAAAAAGAGAGAUCAGAGCAGGAAGAACACAAACAGCCUUUGGUACCAACUGUGGGGUCGUGGAGAUUCGAGCUUGAGGAUGAGGAGUACCCACACUUUUUGGAGCUUUUCUUAAGCUAUGUACUAGAAAAGGACAAUGUGGACACGGAGGAGUCUGAGCUGCCUCUGCUUAGUUGCUUCUCUUCACAUCUGCAUGACCGAGAGCUUCACUCUGACACUUUUGAUGUAGUGACUACAUUUAAACGACGGCAGACCGGCCGUAAAAGAGGUGAGCGUCUUCCCGUGUUCCGUGCCGGCAGCUGCUUUCAUACACUUCCUGAGACUCCAGAGCCUCUGCCCUCCAUCGGUCCUACUAAUUCAGUCCUAAGUGAAACACACACAGCUCGAAACAGCGGCGGUGCUCACCCUCUUCCUGGAAAACAGACAGGUUUGUUUGGCCUCAGAAGGCAGAAUGAAGCACAACUUGGAGGGAAUGCUGUAACUGCAGAAUUCAGCACCUUUCUGAAGCCACUCCCAUGGGUUCCAAGAACAGAAAACUGGCCCUUUAAGACUGUCACCUGCCCUGAUAUAGACCUGCAGCUUGAGCUGGACUCCAAACUGGAAGCCCAGUUUCCUCAACUGGCCAGGUUGCUUGAAUGGAUGUUGCGCUGGGCGGACAGAAAUGUGUUGCUCACUCAUUCCAGCAGAAAGAAGACAAGUGUCGCUGGAAAGUCAGCUGUCAUCAGGGUUAAAUCUUCUGCUCCUGCUGUGCUCUCAGCUUUAAGACUGAUGCAGCAGAGGUACACAGCUGGUCUGCAGGAAACUGACAAGGGUCAUGCUCAUAUGAGGGUACUGGAGACUGAGCUUACUGUAACCCCAGCUGUACAGUUUGAAAUGGACUGGAAAAGGCAGCGAGAAAGCAGUUUGGACACAGGCUACCCUGUUUCAUCAUGUACUCCCAUUACCCUGCCUGAUCUGGAUACCCUGCACAGACACAGUUCUGAGAUGUGUGAUGCUGAGGAGCUUGAAGAGGAACAGAAGGCCUCCUACUCAAAUGCUCAUGAGGACAUGAUCUCUGAUACUGAGAUUAAAAAAGAGGAUGCCUGGGGAGAGAAUGAACCACUUGCGUCAGCUGAACCUGAGGGUGACAAUAGUGUGGUGGAUACCCUGGAAGUAUCGUCUUCUUUUAGGCCAAACGUUUCUGUACAGAUCAAACACAGAACACACAGACCUAAAAACCAGCCAAUGACACUAGAAGAUUUGAAAUGCCCAAACACAGAUGAAGACUCUUCUGAAUCUCAAUCAGAGGAAGUUGGCACACUAAACAGUGCACAUACAUACUCCAGAAAUAAAUCAGCAGACAGUCCUGUGCAGGAGUCUCCAGAACCAACAUCUGUUCAACAGACAAAUGAGCAGAUUCUUUCCAGGUCAAACGUUCCAAAUGUAUUAGAAGCUGCCAACCAUCUUCAAAGCAGUGCACUUCCACAGAAUGGAGAAAGAAAUCAACCAGAUUCAGUCAGACAGCUGCUACAGGAUGAACUUUUUCGAUUAGUGCAGUUGCAGCAAAUCAACUUCAUGAGUUUAAUGCAAGUUCUGGGAGCCUCUUUUGCCAAUGUGGGUUUUUCCCAAGCCAACCCACUGCUGUCACAGCUUAAUGUUCCUGCAGCCCAAACCCCAGCGCCUGCACAAUCACAAGCUCAACCCCCUGCAGCUCCAUCCUCAGGUUAUAAUUUACAGGAUGUACGAAAUACACAAGAGUUUGCAGAUGUAGCUAACACAGCUUGUAGAACUGCUGAACCACAGCCAUGCAGCACAAAAGCAGAACUUGUAACGAGUCUGUGCGAGGACAGAAAUUGUCCAACUGACGCACAAAUCAACCCUGGGGAAAUCCAACACUUAACCAUCCGUUCAGACUGGUCCAGGGUUAGUGAGACAGAAGGACAGAGGUUUAUACCACCCUCUCAGGGGCUUCUCACCACCAUAGAGAACCAAGACCCUCUGCAGUUAACCUCCAGUAGUGGUUUUCAUGAUCCCAUCCCAACCCCCUCUGCAAACCCCCCUCAAUCAACACAGGGUCUCAGACUUCUCAAGUUGCCCCCUUCCCAAUCUCCACCAAUUUCAGUAAAACAGGCAUGGCCACCUAUUCACUUAGGAUGUAAUCAUCCUAAAUCAGCUAUGCUCAGGAGAGCGGAGGACUGUAAUGGAGGUGCGGAGGCAAUGGCUCAACAGCAUGUCUCAAGAGAAAGAGAAAAAGCUGUCCGUUUUCCUAGUGCUGUUAAUGUGGCAGUGCCCUCGAGGGGGCCCCAGUUGAUCCGAGUACCUCCAGGCACCAAGACUGAGCCCAUUAGGCUGAUUCAGGUCCCUAUCUCGGUGCCGACGAGGCAGCCCACAGUGGGUACUGCAGGCACGUGUACAUUUUCAACACCCCAGCUGCUACGUGUUAAUCCAGAGCCAUCAAAAACGGGAUGUAGGUACAGUGGAGCUCCUGUUUCCACUCCUCGUCUGAUUCCUCUGGAGGAACUUAAGGCCUGGACUAAUGGAUCAGCCACAGGCAACUUUUCCAAACCUCAGCUGCUGCAUGUUGACCCUGAGCCACCAAGAGCGGGCUUCAGUUACAGUAAAGCUCAUGUGCGGACUCCUCAUCUGAUCCCCCUGGAGGAGCUAAUGGCCUGGGCGAGAACAAAACAACAGGUGAACUCUAAGCUUCAACUCCUUGAGGCAGACACAGUCACCCCAAGCAAACUAACAUCCACCCCCUCCAGAAAGAGGAUGAAAAGGAGAGAGGAGAAAAAGAAACAGAAAAAGGCUGUCUCAUUCAGACCAGAUGAUUCAAUCAUCCCUCCAGCUCAGGAGCCUGAGAGUGACAGAACUGCUCGUGAUGACAGCUACGCCAUUCCUUUAGGUUCCUUUGACUCAAUGCUGACUGGUGAGAGGUUGCUGGCUAAGGCCUAUGCUACAUCAGCAGAGCUUCAUGCUUUUGCAGCCACGCAGAAACGACCUCCUGAAGUCCAGGAUGCUUGCAUUAACACUGAUCCUCCCUCACCUCGCAGCACCACUGACAAAGCUGUUUUAGCCCAGCUUCCUGUGUCUUCUGACUCCCCAUCUACUAGUGGUGGUGAUGUUAACUUAACCCCUCUUCCUCCUCCUGAUAUGUUCCUGAACCUUCACUCAGUGCACCCAGCACCAAAUGCUCAGAAUGCCAAUGGCCAGAAGUUCGUCAAUGCUAAUCAUCAUGAAGGGAACACAUCCUGCCCUUCACCAACAUCUGCUGAGCUUCACCUUCUAGCAGUGUCUGUUAUUAACCCUGCUCCAAACAAUGCAGCAGUCCAGACAGAAGAACAAUGGAAUGAGCUUACUGUUGUGCCUUUAGAAUCAGAGCAGAAUGGAGAUCCAGUCACUGUAAAGUUACUGACAGAUGUCGGUACUCCAGAAGAGGCAGUGUCACCACCAUGUUUGGUAUACAAGGCUCCGUUUACCCUCAGUCAGGCCUCGGCGGAUCUGGUUGACAUGGAUACCAGACUAGCAGCGUUGGAGAGGAUUGCUGACCACAUGGACAAAGAGUUUUUCAACAUGAGACUGCUGGUGAAUACCAUAGAUGAUCCAAGUCCUGCGGUCAUAUCCAGUGAGGAGGAUGAGCCUCAUCCCAGCACCCUCAAAGUACUAAAGAAAGCAAAGGACUACAGGCGUACAGCACAUUCUGUUGCGGAGAUGGAGAACAUAAAAGAAGAGGCAGAAGAGCACAGUGACAGGUUUUGCUCAACACCAAAUGUUGUUCCUCCUGGUCAAGGGCGGCGCUCCUUUCUUUACUCAGCUGUGGCAUCUACACCAGGUUCAGCUCACCAAAUCAAGACCUCUCCAGUGAAACCAGAGGAGCCUCUGUGGGAUUUAAGCCAAGAAUUGGAUGGAUCAUUGAUGGAACUGAUGGAGAAUUCUGGACUGCAAGCUGAAAGCACUUUGGCUCUGACUGGGUUGAGCGAUGUCGCUGACAUCUUGGGAGAUUUAGUGAAGGAAGGGGCGCUCUCACCCUCAGCGCUCCGUCUCACUUCCUCACUGGUCCGGUCCAGCAGUAGUAAACCAGAGGAACAGCACAGCAGAGCCAGGAUUGAGGAAGAGAGGAAGGACUUGAGGACCUGGAUGAGGAGGAAGCAGCGGGAAAGACUUGUGGAAUAUCAUAAACAGAGGGAGGAGAAAAGAGAAAAUGAACGUGUCCCCUUCACCUCCACCGCCUCACUGAAGCCGACGUCUAGAGACCUACAACUCUACAAUAAGAAUAAAGAACAGAGAGACAAGGACAUUCUGCAGAAACAUCACUCACAAAGGGUCAAUGAGGCCUGCAGCCUGAUGACAGACAUCCUAAAUACUUCAGUCAUCCUCCCUACUGCAUCUAUCCACACCACCAUGGCCCAACAUCGAGACUCCAGGCCUGGGAAUCGGGUACAGUCAGCAGGGAAGAAUAGAACACCUAAGAGCAGGGGGCGUGCACGCUCUGUCUCAUCUCUCAACCGGACUGUGGUGCUUCAGAGGAGGGGAGCAUCAGCACCACCUGGCACCCUCAACAACAGGCUGGGACUUCAUAGACCUGUGAGUGCACUUCCUGGAGACCGACUGUCCCAAGUCACAAGGCGAGGCAUGCUGACAGACCUCAGAGUCAGAACGAGGGUGAAGACACCAGCUCAACGACUUAAACCUGGGCUGAAUAAAUCACCAAAGACUGUAAAACAACAAGAAGCGUUGUGGUCGGAAAACAGAGAGGAGAGGGAUGUAGUGAGUCCAUGGGACGUUCCGCUUGAGAUUCGGAGAAUUCUCGGACUUGAGAACGAGACUGUGAGACAGAGUUUGAUGGAGAAUCACGAUGAUGAUGUUCUGUCUGAAAGCACCGGCAGCAUUCUGAGUAAACUCGACUGGGCGGCCAUUGAGAGGAUAGUGGCAGAAGAGGGGGAUCUCUGAAUUGAUGGAGAAAAAUGCUAAAAUACAUAAAGAGAUAAUGUUUACUGAAUUUACAGCUGCUCCAUGCAGUCAUCAGUGCUCUGUUUGUUUAGAGUGUACUUAAUUUGUAUGCGUUCUUACAUUUUGAGUGCUUAUUUAAAGGGUUAGUAUAUUGUAGCAUGCCGUUUGAUUAGAAUAUCAGGUACAAUCACUUCAAAUGCUGGAUAUCUGAUUAAAACAAACCUCAAAAAUAUGCUUUUAAAAGAGCAUUAGGGUCAUUUUGCAGUCUUUUAAGUUUUAGUCUCAUAAUAAUACAAUAUUUAUUUGAUGAACUUUGUCUGCAUCACAAAAGGUUUGUACUGUUUUCUAACUUUAGCUUUUGAUGUUUUUAUAUACAAAUGGUACAGAAAUAAAAAUACAUAUGAAAAUUGCAAUAAGAUAGGAAGUAAAUGUGUUGUAUAUGUGUAAAUGAUUUGGUGUUUUUCAGAAUGUUAACUAAUGUUAAUUUUUAUUGCAAUUUAUUUCACAUUUACAAAUAAAUUCA